CAUUUCACUCACACCUGCAAAACCCACCGGCCACCGCCAUACUCAUCUUAUUCUCUCUCUAUCUCUACAUUUGGUGCUGCAGCUGAUCUAAGAGCAGCACUCCAUGGCUAAUGAUGCUGCUCUUAGGUCCUGCCUGGUUUGGUUGGCUGUUAUUAUGGUUGUAGUAGGAUUAUGUACACAUUCUUUCAAGAAAAUUAUGGUCACUUACGUUGUGGGUAUUCUCUUGAUUGCCGGAGUGCUGUUGCCUGAUUGGGAUUUCUUCAGUCGAGAUUUCUCGCGAUGGGGCUCUCCAAUUACUUUCCAAGAGAAGGCAGCAGCUGAAGCUCAAAGAUCUGGACCUCUAAGGUAUAGGAUCUAUCCUAUCAGAUUGGUUGCUUAUACUACAAUAUAUAGCUUUGCUCUGUACAAGUGGUGGUGGUUCAUAUCAAGCUGAACAAUUUAAGGAUUGCUAUUUUUUUGCUGGGGGUAACUUGUACAACAGUGACUAUUUGGAGUUUCUAAGUCAUUUGGUGCUUUGUAAAUGCAUAAGAUUGGUCUAAACCAGUUUGUUUUU